AUGACCUCAGGAACUCCAAACCAUGCCACAAGCCCCACUAGCAACGUGACUCCUAUUCCCUCUAGUCGGAAACACCCACUUGAGGAUGCUUACGAUCCAGGCUCGGAGAACCGCCGGAAAGACCCGAAAGUCAGUCGCGCCUGCGACUCGUGCAAGGUCAAGAAGAUUCGAUGCUCAGGCACAGCACCAUGUGACCACUGCAACAGGAGGCGCUUGACAUGUACCUAUGCCAGCAAAUACUCACGUGGUCGGCCUCCUACACCUCCGCCCUUAUCGGGAUCCAGGGAGAGGGCAACGAUAAGCGCAGGUCAAAGGCCUAAUGUGCAGCAUACAAGCUCCAGAAGUACCUCCAAUAUAAGUGAAGAUGUGCAAGACAAUGAACGACCUCAGGUCAACAUCGACGAACGGGCCACUAGCUCUUCAGUGAACGUCGGAGAUGGUGCGCCAUCACCAGAACUCGUUAUCGAGGGACAGUAUGCCGAUCCAACGUCUGGCCUCACUUCUUUCCAUCAAGCAUGGCGCAAGAUCUCCAUGCAAAACAGAGACAUUGCAUCCCCAAGAUCGAGUGAGGCGGAGAUGAACCAGCCCUUGGUUUCUGCUGGAGACCGACCGUUCUACCAAGACGCUCAUAGUUCUGACCCGUUUCCCGAUCCCCCUACGGCGCGCCGCUUAUUAUGCUUUUACUUCGAAUCCUGUGUUGUUACGUAUCGAAUAUUCCACCGACAGACCGUAGAAGGUUGGUUGGAUGCUGUAUUGGACAAUCGGCGAACAAAUCGCCCAAUCACGCACUCCAUUGGGAAUGCUAAAUAUAGCAUUAUCCUGACGAUAUUGGCCAUCGCACGGUUUCGCACUUUCAAGAUUGAACGGAAAUUUCCUAACAAUGACGAGGCAUCAGCGCUGACAGAAACCGAUCCCUUGUUUUGUGCGGCAAUGGACCUGACCGAGACAGAGAAGGGAUAUCCGCGGUUGGAAUCAGCCCAGGCCAGACUGAUCCAAGUGCUAUAUCUCCUCCAGACAUCUCGAGUGAAUAGGGCCUGGUAUGUAUUCGGUAACGUCUAUCAGAUCGUCUCUUCGCUGGGCCUUCAUCGGCGGCGCUCAAGGAAACAGAACAUUGCCUCAAAUGGUCUUUCAAAUUAUAUCAAAGCUCAAUGCGCGAAACGAGUCUUCUGGGUCACAUAUACCAUCGACAAGUAUCUCAGCGUAGUUAUGGGCCGGCCACAGCUUCUGCAUGAUGACGACAUCGACCAGGACUUUCCAGAUAGUGUUAACGACGAGGACAUUGGGCCUAGUGGUCUUCUAAGCGUAGAGGAUCCUGAGGAUUGUCAUGUCGAUGCCCUUAUUUUUCAUGCCAAGUACGUGUCGCUAGUCAUAUCGAGGAUCGCCCACAUCAUCGGUCGCAUAUCACGACAAGUGUACUCAGUGGGUAGUUCAGCUGGUGAGGGUCGAAAGGCGGCUGCAUAUUCUAUCGUUCACGAGCUUCACGUUUGGCGGGCCAAUCUCCCCUUACACCUGGGUACGAUCAAGCUAUCUACGCUGAUACCAAGCUUCCGAAGAGAAGCUACAGCACUGCACCUUGCCUAUUCCCAUGCACUUAUUCAUGUCAAUCGCCCGUUUCUACUCGGCGAUGUAGUUAGUUCUGAGGACGAGCCCGAAGCAAAAGACCGAAUCGCUGAAUGUAUCUCCGCUGCGAAAGCGGUUCUAGAACUAGUUAACACGAUGGCGAAAGAUACAAACUUGCUUCAUUCUUUUUGGUGGACCCAUUACGUGACCUUUUGCGCACUGGCCGUGGUCUAUAUUUGGAAUAUACAGUGCAAGGCACGCAAUGACCAACAGCUGGGGAAUGAAUCGUCGUACGUCAAGCUCUUUGACCUCGCCGAGAAGUGUCGAGCUCAUUUAGCUUGGACCGGCUCGCCAUCAUCCCCCGGCCGAAGAUACGCAGCCAUCUUGGAGGAACUGCGCCUGGAGGCCCAACGUGAGACAAUCAAUAACACUCAUACAGAUUCUGGACAAGGAAUGGUAGAGGGUGUGACACAACCCAAUUCGCAGCUCAACGUUUUUGAUAGUUCCGGACUAGCGGAAGCGUCCUUUGAGUGCAUAGCCUCGAUAGAUAGGCCUGUGAACACCGUUCCGAGCAUGCUUGACGCAUGGCAAGCUGUCGACUGGCUGGACCUAGAUGCCUCUGUACGUUACCCACAAUUAAUCAGAGAUGAUAACCGUCAUGCUAACAGGUGA